AGGAGAAGCAAAAACUGGAAUGUCACGAAAGCGCAGAGAUUUGUGACGUAGUACGCAGGUCUUUUGCAGAGCUAGGCCUGCCAGUGAAAGGAAACGCAGUCAAUGUAGAGUGUUUGUGUUUCAGAGCUCAAAAUAAUAAUAAUAAUAAAAAAAAAAACAUUUACAGUGGAUACGAACAGACUGGCAUUAAAAGCGAAAAGAUAGAGAAAUAUAAUACGUUUGUUUUUUGAAAAGGAUCUGUGAGAAGUGUGAUUUGGAUGCUCAUAUUAAAACUGGUCAAUAUUUCAUCAUGAAUAGAAAUAAGCGUGAAAAAGAAUACUACAGUUUAGAUGUUGGAGAUUCAACAUUUACUGUUUUGAAACGCUAUCAAAAUUUAAGACCUAUUGGCUCAGGGGCCCAGGGAAUUGUCUGUUCAGCAUAUGACCACAACCUUGAAAGAAAUGUUGCCAUUAAGAAACUUAGUCGUCCUUUUCAAAAUCAAACCCAUGCCAAAAGAGCUUACAGAGAACUGGUGCUAAUGAAGUGUGUCAAUCACAAAAAUAUUAUUGGCCUACUUAAUGUAUUUACACCCCAAAAAUCUCUUGAGGAAUUCCAGGAUGUUUACAUUGUUAUGGAGCUGAUGGAUGCCAAUCUCUGUCAAGUGAUUCAGAUGGAGUUAGACCAUGAGCGAUUGUCCUACCUACUGUAUCAGACGCUAUGUGGAAUCAAACAUCUUCAUUCAGCUGGAAUCAUACACAGGGAUUUAAAACCCAGUAAUAUUGUAGUGAAGUCAGACUGCACACUGAAGAUCCUUGACUUUGGACUAGCCAGGACAGCAGCCACUGGUUUAUUGAUGACACCUUAUGUGGUCACACGCUAUUACAGGGCACCUGAGGUCAUUCUUGGAAUGGGAUAUCAAGCAAAUGUGGAUAUAUGGUCUGUGGGGUGCAUUAUGGCAGAAAUGGUUCGCCACAAAAUCCUAUUUCCAGGAAGGGACUAUAUUGAUCAGUGGAACAAAGUAAUUGAACAGUUAGGGACACCAUCCCAAGAGUUUUUGAUGAAACUCAACCAAUCCGUUAGAACCUAUGUGGAAAACCGACCCAGGUAUGCUGGAUACACCUUUGAAAAGCUUUUCCCAGAUGUCCUUUUUCCAGCUGACUCGGAGCACAACAAGCUCAAAGCUAGCCAAGCUAGAGAUUUGCUAUCUAAAAUGCUUGUAAUAGAUGCAUCCAAACGAAUCUCUGUGGACGAGGCUCUUCAGCAUCCAUACAUUAAUGUCUGGUAUGAUCCUGCUGAAGUGGAAGCUCCCCCACCACUGAUCACUGAUAAGCAGUUAGAUGAAAGAGAACACACAGUCGAGGAAUGGAAAGAGUUGAUAUACAAGGAAGUCCAUGAAUGUGAAGAGAGGACGAAAAAUGGGGUAAUCCGAGGACAGCCUGCAUCUUUAGGUGCAGCAGUGAUCAAUGGCUCCCAGCAUCCAUCGUCGUCCUCAUCUGUCAAUGACGUAUCCUCCAUGUCAACAGACCCCACAUUGGCUUCAGACACUGACAGCAGUUUAGAAACAUCAGCUGGACCACUUGGCUGCUGUAGAUGACUAUGCUCUUUUUUUGGUCCUUCUGUUUGUGCUAGAUGGUAUAGAGUAUAGGCCAGUUUUUAAAAAUGCUCCAGCUUUUUUUAUUUUUUUUUCCCCAGAAUGCUAAUUAGGCUGUAAAUAAUUGACAUAUUUUUUCUUGAAAGAAUCUGAGAACAGAUUUCACUUUUAAACACUAAGGUAUCUAUGUGCGAGCAGUGUAAAUUAAGUCAGUUCAGCUUUUUUUUUAAGUUUUUUUUUUUCCAGCUAGUGUUAAAUCCUAAGGUUACAACUUUAUUUUGCCAUAUUGCUGUAGACUGCUUAAAUUAAUUUAUAAAGAUUUAUGAUAAAUAUUUUUUAAUCCUUUUUAUUUAAGUUAAAUUUACCAUUAGCCAUUUUGCCACAUUUGAUUUUACUUUGAUUUGCUCAUUAUGUCUUCUAUGACAUGCUAUAGAACAUUUUUUCAGUUUAGUUUACAAAUAGAUAUUGUAUAAAAUACAUAAUCUUCUAGAAAAACAACAUUUAAUUUCAAUUUGUCUAGAAAACAACUGAAAAUGGUCUGAUACCUGACUACUACUUUCAUUUCAAAAUGUUUGAAGUUUGCAAUCGGCUUAUAGUUGUGUUUUUAAUAAUAUGUAUAAAUUGUCUUAAUAAGCUCUGGAAAUCUUUCAGGCUAGUGCAUUUCAGAUGCUGCCAUUGAUCGAUUAGUUUGGUCCACAAGGCACAAAACGUUGACCUUAAAUAAAUAAAUAAAUAAAUAAAUAAAUAAAUAAAUAAAUAAACAAACAAACCCUGCUUUUAAAGAUGUUUCAUAUACUUUGUUAUGAAUUUGCUGAUGUACUAGUAGUAGUUGAUACAUUAUGAUUAAUGCAAUUGAAAGAUAACUAAAAAGCCUUUUAAAAGAAGCGCAAAAAGCAGGCUGAAAUUUGGUUUAGUGCACAUCUGACUACGUGCUGUUCUGCACUGGCUAGCUGGAACUUUAUUUUCUUGAAAUUUCCUUUGCUUUGACAGUGGGGAGUGCUUGGUGAAUGUUGAGCUCAGCUGAGGAGAUUUUAUUAUAAAAUGGUGGCUUCGUAAUAGGAUCACAGACAAGGGAUUUUAAAUGUAUGGACACAUGUUUGCAAAGGAUGGCUUGUAAAAGGAUUUUGAACUGUCCUUUUUUUAUUAAUUUAAAUAAGAAAUUAAAUGAAGCAGUUUUCAAAUAAAUAGAAGUAGGAUACUGAAAUAUUACAGUGCUGAGCAACAAGGAUAAGAACAGUUUGACUUGGCGGAAAGACAUACUGUACAAUAGGAACUGAGAAUCAUGAUUUUAAGUGGUGGACACUUGGUGGACACUCAGUAUUUUAUUUCAAAAGCUGGUCAACUUCCAUUCUAAUCGUUUGCUUUCAGCAAAGCCUCAUCUUCAUUCCAGCUGUGUAGCUGAAUAUGGGAUCUAUGUUAUGUUGAAAGGAGUGUUUAGGAAAUUAGAGCUCCUUUAUGUUUGAAAGGUAUCUCUAUUUGUUUACAUUUUAUUAUUUUUGCCCUAAUUUUUUAAUUUAAAAAGCAACAAAGACAAGUUAGAAAAUUUUAGGCUGAUUAUUGUUAUGUAUGCAAUAAUAGCAUUCUAUGGAUUAUCCAUCAUUUUAUAUUUCAAGAGGAAAAGUGCCUGCAAUAAGUGCAGUAGUUCAGAAAAAAAAGGUAGCAAUGCUUUAUGAAUAGAACAAUAUUUUUUUCUCCCCAUGAUAUGCAUUUAUUAAUUCGGUUCAUCACUGAGUUGAAGAAAUUGAAUAUAUUGUUUUAUCCUUUGAGUAUGUGUUUCAUUAGAAUGUAAGUUAAAAUUGAGUGUAUGAGAAUGUGAGAAAUGUAAAGAAAAAAGGGAAAGCCGGUAUACAAAACCCAUUUGAGGUAUUUGUGUGGUCAGAAUUCAUGACUAUUUUGUCCAUUCGUAAGAAGUUUAUCUUCUAAAACUAACAUGAUCGAUUUUUAAAAAAUAAUUUAUUUUUGUUUUUCGUUUUUUUUUUUUUUUUUUUUUUUUUUUUUUUUUUAAGUGCUCUUAAUUUUAAGUCUUUUCAGAUCCCUGGAGAGAUUUGCUUUUGCUUCAUAUGUUGCAUCUCUCAAAAUAUGUAAUAUUACAAUUAAAGUAGGCUUUGAUGAACUACCUCACACUAAAUUUCUACAAGUUAUUGGAUAAACAUAGCAGCCCACACUAUUAGAUAUAGAAAAAUGUGAAAUAUAGAUUUUCUUUAUUUAUUUAUUUUUAAGUGUACUAUUGCCAAUGUUAGGAGACUUCUAGUAUUGUAUGUAAUGUAUACUUCACUUAGAAGUAAGAAAACUGUUUAUGUAUAAUUUUGUACAGUUCAUGUGCAAUACCUUCUUCAGAUUGUGCAAGUAGUUAUUAGUGGGUCUAGCCAUGUAGAUGUAUGUUUCUGAAGGUAGAAAAAUAGUUUGGUACUGUCAAUCCAUGUUUUCCUUUUUAUAAAUUAAAACAAUUUUAUGUGACUUGAUACAGUCAUGAUUUAAUGUAAUCAGCCUUGCCACUUUUAAAAUCUGCGCCCAGGUAGCAGUGGGUGGAUGUCAUGCAUGGCCAGAUAGAUUUUGAUCUUUAGAUGGUAAGGUAAAAAAUACACUGUUUAAGAAAUAAAUGCAUAGAACAAGCUGAUGUAAUCAUGGGGGCUGGUUUAUAAUGUUUGCUUGUAAGACCAGCAGUGCAGAUUGAUCAAGUCCUUGUUCUGGGUAUACCAUGACACAGACCAUGAAGUGUGCACUAUUGGAAUGUAUGCACUGGAAUCCAGUAAUGCAAAGUUAAAAUGUAUACUGCAAAUAAACCAUUUGAAUUUAAAUAA